GGGGCCUCCUCAGGGCUGAAGGUGGAAAAUUUGCAGCCAGAAAUAUCAAACAUUGCCAGGCAUGUUAACCAAGAAGUUGCACUUUGUGCUCAUCAGUUGGGGUGGUCCAAGAGAGUUACCAGGCUUACUUAUCUAAAGAAUAUGAGGAGGCUGGUUUCAGAGCUAUAUGUUCGAGAUAACUGUCACCCUUUCAAAGCCACUGUGUUGAUCUGGAUUCAACUUCCCAUGUGGAUCUUUAUGUCUGUUGCCCUCCGGAAUUUGAGUACAGGGGCCACACAUUCAGAAGGUUUUUCUGUUCAGGAACAGUUAGCCACGGGUGGAGUUCUGUGGUUUCCUGAUCUCACUGCAUUGGAUUCUACUUGGAUUCUGCCAGUCUCUGUGGGUGUUGUCAAUUUAUUGAUAGUGGAGAUUUUUGCUCUACAGAGACGUGGAAUGUCCCAUUUUCAAAGGUGCAUCACAUACUUUGUCCGUGCUGUGUCAGUACUGAUGAUUCCCAUUGCUGCAACUGUUCCUUCAUCGAUUGCUCUCUACUGGUUGUGCUCCAGCCUCAUGGGCCUUGCACAGAACUUGCUGCUGCGUUCUCCACGAUUUCGCCAACUUUGCCGAAUACCGUCAACUAAGUCAGAUUCAGAUACUCCUUAUAAAGACCUCUUUGCUGCUUUUUAUGCCAGGUUCAUAUUAAGAAAAUGACAUGUUUUCCAGUAACUUUGAAACAGUUGCAGGUGUCACUAUCACCUUUAUGUAUUUAGAUUUAGAAAUUCAGAUAUUGUUUAAUUUGCUUUAUUUUAAAAUCACAAACUCUGGAGAUUAUGAAUUAUGUAAGCUUGAUAUAUUUGACUGUUAAAAUCUUUUCAGUGCUAGAAAUGUAAUAUGUCUAAUUAUAAAAGAGUAUAACAAUGGAAUCAAAGUGUUGUCCCUGUUUAGAAAAUUAUAACUUGUUAGAGUUGCCAGAACUUUGGAGAAUGAGAUCAGAAACUGUCAAAUUGUACUAAAAAGUCUCACUUAUUAAAGUUUUGUAAAGGAAAAGGAUCCAUUGAGGUGAUUCUUAA